AUGGCCAGCGGCACCAAUUUCUACGAUCUCUACCGUCACGGGAGCCUUGGCGCUACCCUUACGGAUGCGCUGGACGAGUUGAUCGGAAACGAGCAGAUCGACCCUCAGUUGGCCAUGAAAGUUCUCUCCCAGUUUGAUCGUGUUAUUGCCGAAACUCUCUCGGAGAAGGUCAAGGCGCGCCUGACAUUCAAGGUGAUUACUACUCGUGUUGCGGUGUUGCUGCUGUUGUGGGGGAGGGUUAUGUCUGCUAGCUCAAGGGAUGCUCUCCAGCCCACGCUAUUAGACAACCUCUCUACCCGUUUUAAAGCGAUCUGGACCUUCCUCAUUCGCAAUGUCCACUUUAAGCUGAACGAUGCUGGCCAGACCAUCCAGGCCGACAAGAUCAAGAUCGUUAGCUGCAGCGCCAAGCGUGCCGAGGAGAAGCAGUAA